AUGUCAGGAGAGCUGGGCGGCUCGGGAUUUCAAACUCCAAUUAACGUAAGUUUAACUUGCUUGGGUUGAUAUUUUGAUCUUUAGAAGGUUCAGAACGACGUUCUUCUUGAUGAAUCGGAACGAUUGACCCCUCAAGUCCCAGAGAAUGGCCAGAAUCUUUUUCAGAUGGAAUUAAACUUCGAAGAGAAGAUUGAAGUCCAAGUAGAACAAUAUCAAAAUAUUGAACUCCCUGAUGAAUCGCAAAUUCAAAACGAAGAUGUUUCAUUGAAGGCAGAGGUUCCAAGCGCGCCGAGCCCAAACGAGAACAGUAUUCAGCAUUCUAAUCCUGAGCCCGCGUUUGCCGCGCCUAUGCCACCAAAGAGUAAGUCUAAGUUGACUGGGUUUUUUAUAUUUUUAGAUGAUUUCGGAGGAUCAGGCCGGAUUGCCCCGAGAGUUGCCAACAGUGCCCCUCUGAUUAAUUCAACAAAGUAAGUUAUAUUGUUUUAGAUUAGUUGUUCUUUUAGCGUGCCUCACUAUAUGUACCCGACUUUCUCGGCCGUCAGAAGGAUCGAGGAGACUCAGAAACAACUCGCCAUGAGAUCAGCAAGUAAGUUGUUGCUUUCAUUGAGUUUGGGUAUCUUGAAUUCAUAGAUAAUCUCAUUUAUUGUAUUUCAGAUCGUGUUGAAGUGCCAAAAAGGAUUGAAAGGAAAUUUUCGAACUCCCACCAGUAAAUAAGAUCAUCAAUUGAAAACUCAGCGACUGUAUUCAAUAAGCAUUAUAGUUUUCUCAUGUUUAAUACGAUUUCCUGUCGAAUAAACUAACUGUAAUAUAUUGGAUUUUAUGUCGAUAAGGUUGAGUUGCCUUUUUGUUCAUAUUUAAAUGGUUGGACAACUGAUUUGAACCUUUUUUCUGCUCUUCUUUGUAUCGUCAAUGAUUCUUUUGAUUUUAAUUUAGGUUGAUGGAUGACACUUUGAACUUUGUGCAAGGUAUAACGGCCAGAAAGAGAGGGAGGGAACCCAGGAAGCCAACAGAUACUCCCUCUCGAAUCCCUAUUUUAAAUAGUGGUAUGAAUUUUUAUAUUUUCCUUGAUAUUCGGCGUUUAGAUUAUUCAUGCAUUUUUUUGUAGUUCCCAAACGAAAUGUAGUAGUUCUGGUGGGAUGGAGGAUUCAGUUCAAGUGGGUGUCACAAGGAGCCAUUUUUCCCAGUUUUGCAUUAUUAGUAGAGGGUCUACGAGCAGAUAAUGGAUGUCAAUGGACCAGCAGCGAGAUCACCAAGGUUGUGCCGCCAAAUCAAUUCUUCACACAGAAUACGAUCUAUGAGAUUAGAGGAGCCAUCGACAAGGAGAAAUGCAAACAAAGUGAGUAAAAUCAGUUUGCUUUGAUAUUGUUUUGACUGUGUAAUGUCAGGUGUAAUAUUCAGGAGGUUUCGAUAUGCGAUUUGUUGAGAAAUUCAAGAACGGAUUCCCUCAAAAUUGGAAAGAAGAGAUUGAGAUUUAUAUAGAGCAACUGUAAGUUGACUUUUUCUUAUAGUUUUUGUUGUUUUAGUGUAGCAGCCGUCGCCUCGAUGAAAAAAGCGAAUCAGGAAGAGCAAUUCGCUCCAAAUGACGCUGAAGUGACCGUUGAAGAAGAGCUGGAAGAAGACGAAGAGGAAAUUAAUGUUAUUGACGAUGAUCCCGAUGUUGAUACAACAGCUGGGAAUCAUUAUGCGGAAGAGGUCCAGUCAAAUACAACAAGGAAUGGCACAAUUGAAGAACCGAGUGAUAGAGAAGAGGAUGAAGAAAUGGAUGAGAAGGGAGAUAAGAGCGAUGACUCUUUUGAGGUUGCGAUUCCAUCAGAUUGGUCCGAAGAGGAAGAUAAUGGUGAACAAGAGACUGAAAAGAGAGCUGAAACUCCAAUUAGUGAGAUUACUGUGCAGGAUGUUGAAGAAGUAAGUCAGAGAUCUUUUCUGCUGAGAGAAAUAGGUCCCUUUUUAUAUUAUCUUUGAUUUUUAGGUCCCCGAAGAUCAAACUCCCAGGGCAACGACACGAAGGAUAUCUCAAAUCCAACGUCGAAUGUCGAGAGCACCCGAUAUGGCCGCAAUUCAAGAAGAAGACAGCGCCGAACUCAGCACAACAACUCCAAAAACUCAGCGGUCAAAGAACAGCCGCAGGUCGCAGAGCUCCCAGAAUCUCUCGAACUCCUUUGACAUCCCAGAGCUUCAACGAAGCAAGCGAGGAAGGCUUAUCAAGCCCAGAUUGGGACCGGGGGAACAUAUCUUCUAUGAUAAGGACGGGGAUAUUGUGGAGAUUCGACAGAAUACAACUAGAACCCAUAUUAAUCCGAGUUCCUCGCAGAGUAUUGUAAGUGGCUGGAGGAGUUUUUUCACUGGAAUUUCGCUUUGACCCCGUUUAUGAGAUCCGCAGAUAUUAUUUUUUUAACUUCUAGUGACUCUGUUUGACCAAAUUUUUAAUUUUUUUGUCCGUCCAACCUGUUAUGAAAGGGUUGAAAUAUGGGUGAUAAGGAAGUAAUAGACGUAUAUUUCAGCAAGCCCUCGCGAAAAGUCUCGGUUUCCAAGCUCCAGAAUCCCCGCUACAGAAGGAGAGACGGCUCAGUAACAUCAGCCAACGGCCCAAGAAAAGACGCUCUUCGCAUGGCCAGAAAAGAAAACCACUGGUCGAUUAUGACAGCGAUGAGGACCAUAGAUCUUUGGAUGAUGUCUCAUUGAAUGACUAUCAAGAACCGACCCCAUUGCCUUUCAGAAAACAGGCGAGAAGAAAGUUGACAAGUGAUUCAGAGGACGAAGAACAAGAAGAAGAGGAAGAACAGCCAAGAAGAAGGAGCAAAAGAACUCCGAAAACAAAGAAAAAGCCCGUGGAAAAGAAAUCGGAAACGAAACCGAAGCCAAGAAAGAGGAAAUCGACAGAAAAUGAAGCCGAAGGUAAGAGAAUUCAUUUUGUUUUGGGAAUUGCCGUAUUUUCAGUCGAUCAUCCGAACGACGAAAACAUGAACACCACUAAUGACACCACUGAACCCACCAAGAAACGGAAGCCAACUUGGACGACUGAUUUCAAGGACAGAUUGAAGGUAAAUCUUUGGGGUUUAUUAUAUUGUAGUAGGCAAGGUUGGCUAAAAAUGAUUAAAAAAAUUUUUUAUUGGUUGCUGUUGACCACUAUUGAUAUUUUCGACAAUUUCAGGGCCUAGUCAAGCUGAUCAACCCCGCCACGGAAAACCAAUGGAAAAUUCUGAGCGAAAACUUUGAAGGAAUCUUUUCCCCAGAAGAAUGCAAAGACCAAGCAACCAAAAUGAAGCUGUUAAAGAAGAGAAGCCAGGGCCUCAAUGAAUCCCAGAUUGAUUUGGACCCGGUUAUGAAUGUGUUCUCCGAGCUGAACAACGCCAAAGCCAAGGAAAGGGGGACUUUGAGGUAUCAGCAGAAGGAAAAUGAGGCCAAAAAUAUGUUUUAUAAGCAAGUGCAGAAGAUCCGAAAGAAGGAAGAGAAGGAAUUGAACAAAAUGAGUCAGGACAGCAUGGAUGAAACGGUAGGACAUUGGGGUUGAAUUGAGAUCGAAAUUAAUUUAUAUUAUCCAUGAGGGGUAAUAUGAGAUUUGAUGAAAAUAAUGUCGAUUAUUUAGAUGAUUGAGAUUGCCAAAGCCUACAGACCACCCGCGAAUCUCCCGUCGACGCGGUUCACACCGAACAAACGUCAAUUCGUACCUGUUCCGGUUAGUGCGAUGAGGAGAAAAAGUUCCAUCGCCCCGAUGAUGGAAGACAGCUUUGAUGUUCCUGAUUGGUAAGUCACUAGACAACCGCUAAGUUCCCCGUAAUCACUUGACUAGCCUUUAGUCUAAUUAUUUUACCAUUAGACCCGCUUUUUUCGUAUAAUUUAUAUUAUACUUGACAUUUCUAGGUCCCAUCAAGUCAAAACAAGAUUCCGAUUGCGCAAUUAG